GCAGCUGGCGGUCACGCAACGACCGUAACACUUUUGUUCGAACUCUAGCUGAUGCCCGAAUGCGUCUUCCAUUAUCGGCGUUUGGCUGUCCAAUGACGGUUACAAUUCCAAUUGAAUGAGUAAACAUAAUACAAUUAUUAAUAGAACAAUAGGUGCAAUAGGUCGAGUUGUCGCUAUUAUUAUUGUUUUCGUUCGUUUCUUCCCAAACAACUGACAAGUUAAUAAUUUUAAGUUACCGCGGUUUCAAAUUUGCCAAUUUGUAAAGUGUUAACAUUUGUUCAGUAGUCACUAUAGUGCGUUCAGUCCGUUUUCUUCCAUUUAAGUGUAUUCGAAAAAAUGAAAGCGCUUAAAACCAUUGUGUUCAUUAUGACGGUAUUCACCACGUCUGUGGUUGCUGAUAGAAAGUUGCACGCUGAAUUCAAUCCAGGAUGUAUGAUGGAGGAUCAUUGUUCUAAAUUGUCAAAACUUACAUACAUACGUGCUGAUGGAGAUAACGAUACUGUUCAUUUCAUACUGGAUGCUACAUUAAAACCAUCUCUGGUCGUUAUAACCACAAACAAAGAUGCCAUUAUUCAAGUGAACUAUACUACAGAUCGGGCCAACAACAUAAAGUUUACAGAGUCUCCGCUGUAUACGUUUGCAUCUGUCUUCAAUAAUUUGUAUGAGUUCAAUGAUGUAAAUGACACAGCAAAUUUGAAAGAUGGCGAUAAUUUCAAAAAAAUGGAUUUCAGGAAUUUUAAAUGGAAUACAACUCAAUCAAUAAACAAUAAUAACGAAUCUGUAGAGAUUGUUCUAUCUGCUAAUUCAUAUAGAGGGCCGGGCAUUAACAAAACUGGUAUUGUAUCUAUUACGUUAAAAAUAUGUGGGAAAAAAGGUACCGGAUCUAAGUUGCCACAUCUUGUUCAUACUCCUGAAUCUGGAGAACUAACAUUUACACUUAAUAAUUUGAAUACAAAUUUUACGAAAUCACGCUUUGCAGUUGAGUUACUUACUAGUAGCUCAUUUCCAUUCAAUAAGUCUGAAGAGUUAUUAAGCAAUACAUUUUCAGAUGAUAAACUCUCUGGUGGAACAUUUUUAAACUAUUUGUUGAAUGCAAAAGGAAAUGUGGAAGGAGGUGGUUUUUUAAGUUGGAAACCAGUAAUAUAUAAAGCAGAAAAUACACAUGCAUUGAAUUCUUCUUCCACAAUUCAGUAUGAUGUUCAUAAUCAUCCCUUUGAAAAUGACUGGAUUAACACUCCUUUAUAUAACAUGUACGGGAAUUCAUUAUUUGGUAACAAAUCGUUUCUUUUGAAGUCAAUAAAUGUAUCUUUUGGACAGCCCAACGAUGAAUUUUAUGCAAAAUCUAAUUAUACUUACUGGACCUUUUUAGUAGGAAUAGGUGCACCUCCUCAAACAGUUUUGGGUUUUCUUGAGUUGUCAAUUAUUGCUAGCCUUUUAUUACUGUUGAGUAUAACUAUGAUUCUUAUAUUUUGUAUUUUUAUGCGUUGGAUGUCUAGUAAACGUAACUCCAUAAUUUAUGGUAAAUAAAUCUUGACAAGUACCUAUUAUAUUUAACACAGCUUACUAAUUUAGCAAAACCUAUGCUCAGAUUUAAAUCUCUUAGUCCUGUAUAUUUUAAGAAGGUUUUUGACGAAAAUAUUAUUAUGACACAUCAUUCCAGGUUUAAUUUUUAGUUGCUCAUAAUUUGACAAUCAUUAUUUUUCAAGAUGUAUAUAAUUAAACAAUUCAUAGUAUAAUUAUUUAUAAAUUAAUAUUGCAGAUAUAUAUAUUAUUUUACAUUCAAAUAUCUUUGAUAAAAAUAAAAAUAAACAUUGUAAUGUUAAUGACUGUAGAAUUAAUUAUUUAUUAUUUGACAUGUAUAACUUGUUUAAAUUAGGAUAUUUACUCAUUUAAAUACUUUAUUCUGAUAAUUAUUUUAGUUUUAAGUAUUAUAUAGGUUAUUGUUAAUUAAUAAUUAUUUUUAUAUAAAUAAGUCAUUUGAAAACUGUAUUUAUUUAUUGAUAAAAUUCAUAAAAUAAUAUAUUGUAUGCACAAUUAAAAUGUAUUGAAGUUUCUUUUCAAUUUAACUGAACGCUGUGACUAUAUGAAACUUUUAUUCAAGAAUAUUGUUAUUUUAUUUUAUUGAACUUUUUAUUUGAAUGGUUAUUGAAGUUAAAUAUUGUUUUAUCUUCUUUAAUACAUUCAUUGAUUUAUUUAGUAAAAUAAAAUUUGUAUUUAUACAUGAUUGUGCAAUAACAAUAAAUUAUUUACCUUGUAGGUUUAUAUUUUUGUAAACACUACGUGUGUAAAAUCGCCUUUAAUGUAAAUUUUGUAUUAUCAUGUAAAAAAAUACUUAAACAAAAAUAUUGUGAUUGAAGGGACUGAAAAAAAAUAAAAUAUAAAUCAGUGAAUUUAUUUUUGUAUUCAUUUAUUAAGAUCUUAUUUUU